AUGGCACAAUCUAUACCAGGCAAGACAGCCAUUGUCACGGGUGCCGGUUCAGGAAUCAACCUCGAGUUCGCGCGACUGCUGCUGAAGCACGGCGCCAAUGUCGUCUUCGCCGAUUUGGCACUGCGAAAGGAAGCAGAAUCACUGGUAGCCGAAUACAAGUCCAAGGCUGUUUUUCAGCGAACUGAUGUGACUUCCUGGACGGACCUGAAUCAACUAUUCCAAGUCGCCGAGCAGACUUUUGGGUCCAUUGACAUUGUGUGUCCUGGUGCGGGUGUAUAUGAGCCGCCCUUCUCCAACUUCUGGAUCCCUCCUGGCACCCAAGGGUCGCGAGAUAGCCCAGUCCACGACAGGUACCUCGCCAUGGACAUCAACAUGACGCAUCCGAUUCGAGUCACGCAGAUGGCCAUCUCUCAUUACCUCAAUGCGAAGCCACCAGCAAGCCCUUCGAACCCAAAGUCCAUUAUACACAUCGCCAGCAUUGCCGCAGAGGUAGCCGAUCUAGGCUGUCCGCUCUACUACGCUGCCAAGCAUGGCGUGAAAGCAUUCGUCAAGGCUCUCGCUGACCUUGAGGAGCUCCACGGUAUUCGGGUCGCCGCAGUGCUUCCUGGUGUUGUCAAGACCCCACUCUGGACAGAGCAUCCCGAGAAGCUGAAGAUGAUUCGCCAGCAAGGAGGCGAUGCAGAUGAGUGGGUGACGCCAGAAGAGACGGCCGAAGUCAUGUUGCGUCUGGUCAAAGACAACAGCACAUCUUCCACAAUCAGCGGUGGCGGCGAUGAGGUUCCAAUUCGUGGAGGCACUUGUCUCGAGGUCCUGGUUGACUAUGUUCGGGAUGUUCCGCUCUUGAACAACAUCGGCCCAAACGCGCCAGGCGUACCAGGAGCCAGCGUCAAGGACCGACAGAAACAGCGCGACGACAUUCUCGAAAGGCUUCAGACGCCUGGUUGGGGCCAAUUCGUGUCGUAG